GCGCCCGGCAUAUAUUACUCGAAAACCUAUACACAGAUCUCAUAUAAUACCUACUGGCCGGCCACUUGUGCAACUCCACGAAUUCGCCAUGUCCAAGCGACAGGCCUUUGAGCCUCUCGAAGAUGUCCUUGAUGCGCCAUCCCCAGCUUCGAAACGAGCGCGAGUCGAAGAUGUCGAUAUGGGCAGCCCGCAAACGAAUUGCGCACCUACAAAUGGGCGGCUCAUGUCUCCGCGACCGCAGGAUCAGGGAAAGGUGGACAUAUUAGGCGCAGACGCAGAAGAGCAUGCGGAGCUCGAGGAAGCUGGAGCGCUGGACGAUGUUGACGAAGACGAGUCCGCCAUGGCUGCGCCGAAACGACAAACUGCGCCCGAAGCUGGAUAUACCGACCUGUACCUCGAUACAAUAAACCGCAAAGUCCUUGACUUCGAUUUUGAGAAGCUAUGCUCCGUCACACUUUCGAACAUAAACGUCUACGCCUGUCUGGUCUGCGGGAAAUACUUCCAAGGAAGAGGGCCGAAGUCGCAAGCAUACUUCCACGCCCUGGAAGAAGGGCAUCACGUAUACGUCAACAUGGAGACAAAGAAGGUCUAUGUACUUCCAGAAGGCUACGAAGUGAAGUCGAAAUCACUAGAUGACAUCAAGUUUGUGGUGGAUCCGCGCAUGAGCAAGACAGAAGUUGCGCGUUUGGACAAGGAACCAAAGGUGUCGUGGGACCUCUUCAACAGAGAAUACAUCCCAGGCUUCGUGGGCAUGAACAACAUCAAAGCGAACGACUACUUCAACGUAGUAGUACAAGCAUUGUCGCAUGUUGUCCCUUUGCGCAACUACUUUAUGCUUGAAGACCUCUCGUCAAGACCGCAGAUUGCGCAGCGAUUCAGCACUUUGGUCCGGAAGAUAUGGAAUCCUCGCGCGUUCAAGACCCACGUAUCACCACACGAGCUACUACAGGACAUUGCGCUGCGAUCUUCAAAGCGCUUUACCCUGAGUGAGCAGUCGGACCCAGUCGACUUCCUCUCUUGGUUCCUUAACAACCUCCACUUAGCUGUGGGAGGUUCAAAGACAAAACCAGGGUCGAGUAUCGUUCAGAAGGUCUUCCAGGGGAUACUGAAAAUCGAAUCACAAGAGAUCACAGCACGUGCAGAUGCCGGGGAUCGUUUGAGAUUCGAAGACGCCGCAGUCAAGUCGAAUGUCUCCAAGUUCUUGGUACUUACGCUGGACCUGCCAGCUGCACCGCUGUUCCAGGACGCUUUAGAGAAGAACAUCAUUCCUCAAGUGCCAUUGACUACGAUCCUCAACAAGUACAACGGCAUACAACCGCAAGAGAAGAUGAAGGACCGUGUACGAUACCGCCUUCUACACCCUCUUCCGCCAUACUUGCUCUUCAACAUCAAGCGCUUUAGCAAGAACAAGUUCGUUUCGGAGCGCAACCCAACGAUUGUCACGUUUCCUGUCACGUCGCUGGACAUGUCGCCAUACGUGGAGCCUAACCCAAAGGAAUUCCCACCAGGCGAGCCGAUCUACUACGACCUCGUUGCCAACAUCACUCACGAAGCCGUCAAGAAAAAGGAUGAUAGUGUAGAAGGAGAACAAGAAUCCAAGGUCUGGAGGGUACAGCUCAAAGAUAGGAGUCGAGACGACUGGUACGGCAUCCAGGAUCUAUUUGUCGAGAAAGAACAAGCCGAAACACUGUUCACAAAGGAGGCCUAUGUUAUGGUAUGGGAGAGACGGAGAACGAAGCCGGCUGCGAAUGGCAAUGGUAAAGGCAAGGCUUGAUGAGGUGGUGAAUCUUGCCAAGAGCUGUCCACAUUCGGGCGUUGCAGUCUCAAGGUUGUAAGAUUGGACAUAUACACUGUCAACCACAUCAAGUGCAGAUAGGCCGCCUUCUGUUGUGGCAUAUAUGCAAAGGCUGGAGGCCUUCAACGCUAGCGCUGACUGCGCAAACCUUACAACUCACUCGAACCUAUACUUAGUGCGAUGUGUCUCAAGCCUCUUGUGCAGCGCCUUGAAACUUUGUGCAAGAAAUGUAAA